CAAGCAAAAAAAUUUAUAAAUAAAUAAAAUAAAUAAAUAAAUAAAAACAUAUAAAUAAUAAAAUGUCCAAUAUUCUUAAAGAAAUAGAUAUUAAUAUUACUAGAGAAAAUAAUAGCAAUAUAAAAAAAAAUAAUGGUAUUAUAAAUAAACCAAAAAAUAACUCUGCAACUAUAAUAUAUAAAGAAAGUGAAUUAAUAGAAAGACUUUACAAAGAUGUUGCAGCUAUUGCCAAGUCACUAGGGUUGAAAUAUGGUGGGAAGAAGGUUGAAAUUAUAGAAAGAAUUAUCGACCAUCAAAAAGAGCAAUCACUUGUAAAUAAACUUGAUAAAAUUCAAUUAAAUGAUAAAAAUAAAAACAAUAAAAUAGAAAAUGAAAUUGCAAAAAUUGAUAAUAAUCAAAGAAAUGAUGAAAACAUUGAAGAUGCUUUAAAUUCAAGUUUAUUAAACAAUUAUGAAAGUGAAGAAGAGAAUGAAACAGAUGAAGAUGAAAAUGAUCAAAUAGACGAAGAGGUAUGCAAACAAGUGUAUAAAGAAAUAGAAGAAGAGGAAGAUCAUAAUAAUUUUGAUGAAGAAUUAGAUGGAGACAUUGAACAAAGUACUGAAGACUCUGUCGAUGAACAAGGUGAUGAAGAUAAUGAUGAAAGCUCUUGCUCUGAACCAAGUUUUGAAACUGAAACCAGUGUUACUUCUUUCCAUAGGGUUCCAUUAGUAGAGGCAUCUCCAUCCAAAAAAAUCAUUAUUACAAAGAAAACCAUGGCUGUAAGAAAAGAUGAAAAUGGCAGAUUAUUAGUUAUCAAGCACUGUAGUAGUGAAGAGUACGAUUCUAGCGAAGAAGAAAUAGUUGGAGAAGAACAAGAGUGCGAUCCAAGUGAAGAAGAAAGAGAUAACGAAGAAAAUAGCCAAGAAUAUGAUAGUGAUGGUGACUAUUCCACUGCCGAAGAAGAGGAGGUUAGUGAAAGUGAAAACGAUGAAGAGUGCAGCGAAAGCGAAAGUGAUAGUCAAAGCGACUGA